AUGGCUUUCACAAUCUACUCAAAGGUACCUCUGUCCUAUUGCUCUUGUGCCUUCCUCCGGCCCCAGGAUGGUGGCAAAUAUAAUAGAUUGGGAGCACAAGACCUAGAAUCUGUCAAGUCGGGCUACCACUGGAUCAUUGGGAACAUCAAGCGUGCUCAGCCAAAUAAGAUCGAAUCCUCUCACCAGGUGGAUAAGCAAGUCUGGAAGUGUAUUUGGGAGUGCAAAACUCUCCCAAAGAUCAAAUUAUUCAUGUGGCAUGCUGUCCAUGGAAUUGUUCCUACCUUUGCCAGUUUGUUCAAAGGGAAGUUAAGUCCCUCCCCUCUCUGCCCUUUAUGCCAUGACUUUCCCGAAUCUGUGGAACACGUUUUAUUCUUAUGCCCAUGGGCUCGGAAAGUUUGGUAUGCUAGUAGUUUAUCCUUCAAGCCCGAUGAUCAAGCUUUCUCUUUCCUGGAGAAACAAUGGAUUUUAUCUCAUGCCUCCAUUUUAUGUUGGAGCAUUUGGAAAGCCCGAUGUUCCUUUACUUAUGACCAUCAUUGUGCUGGCCUCCCCAAUCCAGACGUGGUGGCUAGAUUAGCGAGCCAGGAUACCUCUGAAUUUCUUGCAACUUGCUCGCCUGAGAAAGGUGUGUCCUUCCCAAGUUCUGAGAGGCAUGUGCCUAGACCAACUGCCCGCUACAUUAAAGCAAAUUGUGAUGGUUCGUGGGAUCAUGCGUUAAAGGUUUCUUCAUCUGGUGUUGUUCUUAGAAACCAUGAUGGAGAGGUGGUUGGUGGUAAGGCUAAUUUGUUCCAAGCACUGUCUGCUGACCAAGCUGAGGGUCAAGCUCUGCUGGAUGGCCUGAGUUUGGCUAAGGACAAUGGGUUUCUCAAGAUAAUUAUGGAAACGGGCUCGAAGGUUUGCUUUUCUGCUGCAAAGGAUGUUCUAUCUUCCGUUAAGUGGCUCAGUUUUUUCCAUGCUAUCAAAGAUCUGAGGGCUUCCUUCGAAUCGCUCCAGUGGUCUUGGGUCCCUAGGGAAGCAAACCAAGCAGCGGAUUGGGUAGCUUCGCAAGUUAAGAGAGGGUUGUGCGCUGAGGCAUGGGUCAAUAGACCUCCAACCGCCCAGGUUUUCAUCUUGUCUCGCGAUGGCCUGCCUUGCCCUCCGACUACGGCUACUCAGCCCUGA